AUGGCGAGCCAGAAUUGGAACACUAAAGUCAGGCAAGCCUCUCUCCUGGAACCACCCCCUUAUGCUAAUAAUUGGGCCUCCCCCCCCACUCUACCCCCCGGUUAUGUUGUGGAGAGGUUUUCCCUCCCAACUUUUGUUGGGUUUUGUCUGAUCCUUGCUUUUGCAAGAUAUCUUGUAGAUCUCUCUGUGUUGGAGGUGGAGCUGCUGAAUUUGGUGGGUUUACAAUCUAUUGUGAUUGGGGAUCAAGUGGAGAUAGGAGAUGCUGUGAUAUUUUGUGGAAUGUCCUAG